AAGUAAAACACUUUAAAACUUUUUCCUUGUGGAAAUUCAGUACUUAUUCUUCAAAUCUUAAUGUUCACUGUCCAGGCCUUUAUUAUGACUACUAUUAAACCAAAGUAUUAAAAUGGCUUCGUCGGAAACAAAUUUAGAGGAAACUUUAGCUGAAUGUCUUUCUCAGCAGCUGUGUGAAAUAGAGUUACUAAAGUCGAUGUAUCCGAAUAAUGAUGACAUCGUAUUUACUGAUCGUAAAAUUAUUGACGUUAUCACAAAUUUCUUAAAUUCAGAAUCAAAAAAAGAAUUCGUUCCUGACCAUAUUGAUUUUAUACUGAAACUCUCUGUGAAUGAAAAUAAAUUAGAAAUGUGUGUAAAUUUACCGAGUUUUUACCCAAAUGAGGAUCCCGAAAUAUACUUAAGAUGUAACCAACUAAAUCGGCAGCAGGAAACUUCCUUGAACGAGAAUCUAUCAAAAUUUAUAAAAGCUGAAAAACAAGAAGGUGAAGUGUGCAUCUAUACAGCUAUAUCGUGGGUUCAAGAGCACCUUGAUGAAUUUAUUUCUAUUACAUUACAUGAACCUAGAGAUCAACACCAGCAUGAACAAGAGGAUAUAAAGUUUUGUAGAUAUUGGAUUUACUCUCACCACAUCUACAACAAAAGAAAGAGAGAGGUGAUAGUAAAUGUUGCUAAAGAUUACAAAUUGACUGGAUUCUGCUUACCGGGUAAGCCUGGUAUCAUUUACAUAGAAGGUGAUGAGAAUGACUGUCAUGAAUGGUGGAAAGUCAUCAAAUCAAUGAAUUGGAAAAAAAUUGUCUUGAGAAAAAACAACAUCUUUGAACAAUCAGAACGAAAAAAACAGCAAAAGUUUACCUCUUUUCAAGAAAUUAGUUUUGCAUCAUGCAAACAAAGUAAACACUCCAAUAUGGGUGAAUUUUGUAAAUAUAUGGAGAAGUUUGGACUUGGUGCUGACAUAAAUGAAUUUUUUGGUUUAUGUACAAAAGAAAAAAUCUGUGAUUAAAAAAACAUUCACUAUUUCAACCCAAUAGAUUAAGUACAUGCACAAUGUCAGUGUACA